CCUCGUGUCUACGUGUGACGUGUCCAUCCUAACCGAUCUGGAUGACCGCGGAAAAGUGCCAAUUCAUGGAAUUCUGCCAAAUAUAAUAAUAAUCAUGAAAAAUCGCCAAUAAUCUCUGGGAAUCGAAGGAGUUAUUCAGCGAUGAAUCUGAAUCUUAAUUUGUGCGCCUCUCCCCUCGUGUUUACAUGUCACGUGACAUUCUGGAUGACCACUGGAAAAGUGCCGCUUAGCUGGAAUUGUGCAAGUUCAAUUAUGAAAAUCGUGCAAAAACAGACAGAAUAUCAGCAAUGGAAGGAAUUAAUUAUCGUUGAAUCCCAGCUAAAUCUGAUGUGUGAAAAUGGAAGGGAACAGCAACAGGGUGUCCAUAUUAUUGCGGCAUCCGACGCAAAAAAAAAAAAGGAAAACGGCCUCGUAAAAAAGGGCGAGCGACAUUUUAUGACAACGGAAUCGGGACACACAUCCCUUUGGGGGAUGCAAGGAGCCAAGCCAAGUGUUUGAUUUGAUUGUCGGCGGAGAGAGAACACACACCUUAAAAUCAGGAAACAGCUUCAGUGGCUGCCUGACUGACAGAUUGACGGAUUGAGAUUGAAGAGGCGAAGCAGGAGCAGCAGGACCAUCAUCAGGACAAUGAACAAGAAGUCGCCUCUGCCGCUGGCCGCCUUCCUGGGCAGCGAUGGCACUGGCGGCAACAAUAGCACCGCCAGUGGCAGCAGCAAUGUGGCAGCCACCGCAGCAGCAGCAGCAGCGGCAGCCGCCGGAGGUCGUGGCGGUCGUCAAGGAUCAGGCGGAGUGGGUGGCGUUGGCGCCAGCUCCAAGUCCGAGAAGCAGGCGGCCAGAGAGCAGGGCGGCGGUGGUGCGUUAUGUGGGUGUCAAAGAGCACCUAAAUCGCAUUGUAUAUCGGCCACAGGAGUGCUCCUGCUGGUUCUGCUCUACACCGCCAUGGGCUCCAUUGUCUUUGUGACCCUCGAGGGUGAACUGGAGGAUGGUGGCACUUUGGAGACAGCGGUGGCUGCCUCGAAGCCCUUUCCACGCACCGAACUGGCCAAUGCGGAAAUACGUUCCAGAACGGUGGAUCGUCUGUGGUCCAUCACCGAGGAUCUCAACAUAUUAUACAAAGAAAACUGGACGCGUCUCGCUGCUCAAGAGGUGCAACUCUUUCAGGACACCUUGCUGCGGGCAGUGCGUCAGUCGAAAGUUUAUCCCGCUGGCGGCAUUCAAAUGAAUGCGCCCACCCACAAAUGGACCUAUGCCUCGGCAUUUCUCUACUCGCUGACAUUAAUUACGACGAUAGGCUAUGGCGGCAUCUCCCCGCGCACGCAGUGGGGCCGGGUGGCUGCCUUGGUUUACGCCCUCUUUGGAAUACCCAUCGUCCUGCUGUACUUAUCCGCCAUGGGCGAGGCGCUCUCGGCGGGGAUGCGCUGCCUGUUCCGGCGCCAGCGUAUCAAAGGCGGCCCCGGCGGCGGACCUAGUGCACCCGGCGGCCUGGGUUCAGGAGCCGGCACCAGCUCCAGCGGCGUUGGCGGCGGCAGCAGCGCCCGGAAAUCGGACAAGGGCAAGGGCCAGGGGCAAAAUCAAGGACACUAUGGCCACCAGAAGCUGCAUCAAUAUGGCCUGCCGCCCUCCGUCUACCAGCAGCAGCAGCAGCAGGCCCAGCAGCAGGCGCAGCAGCAGGAGCAGCAUCGACAGCAGCAGCAGCAGGGCAAAAAGUCAUCCGGAGGACGUAAUGGCAGUGGUUCACGCGGCUCACCCAGCGUUCCCAUCUCCAUCUGUGUGUGCGUGCUGCUCUGCUAUGUGAGCAGCGGCGCCAUCCUGUUCCACAAGCUCCAGAACUGGAGCGUACUUGAGUCGCUGUACUUCUGCUUCACCUCGCUGGGCACCAUUGGUUUUGGUGAAUUGGCCCCAAAUGGACCGCUGGCCUUGUACACCGCCUCGGCGUAUAUAUUGGUGGGUAUGGCCGUGGUGGCCAUGUGCUUCAGUUUGAUCCAAACGGAGAUUGUCCUGUGGCUGCGCCGAUUCAGCGUUCAGGAUCAUGUAAUGCCUAAGGCCGAGGAGCUAGCCCUCGUUUCCGUUUCCGUCACCCCGAAGCCCUCCUGACAGCGACCCAGUGCCGAUCCCGCCCUCGGUGUGGGCGUCGGCGUAGGCAUGGGCGUCGGCCUAGGCGGUGGCGGCGGUGUGGGUGUGGCUGGCGGUCUGCCCGCCCAGCAUCAGACCAUGUUCUUUGGUCCUGCCCAUACGCUCACCCAGUAUAGCUCACUGCCGCGACGCAGCCACUUGCAGGCGGCCAAUGCCCAUGGCGGUUCGGCUUUCCAGAGGAACACGCCCAUUCGACGCUCGACGGGCAUACCGGAGCAUCAUCUGGAGUACUUUGUGCCGCGCAGCAUCAGUGAGUUCAAUCUCUCCGGCGUGGGGGAUCUGGCCCUGCCGCCACCGCGUCGCUAUUCUCCGAAUAUGGGUGGCGUUUCUGCUGGCGGUGCCAUGAAUAUGAACAUGGGCAUGGGCGGCAUGGGCAUGGGCAUGAAUAUGGGCAUGGGCAUGGGCCUGCCGCAUGGCCUACAGCUGGGUCCGCCCCAGACACUGAUCUGCUCGGCGGCUGCAGCGGAGCAGCAGCAGCAGCAGCCGGCACCACCGCCGCCGGCUCAGCUACAGAUUGUCACCCUGAAGCCACGCAGCGAGAAGAUGGUGACCUUUGAGGAUGAGUCCAAGUCUGCAGGAGGUGGUGCCUGUCCGCAUGGAGUGCCCACCACACCGCGAAAAUCCCCGGCGUCAGCAGCAGCCUCGGCGGCGGUCAAUGGUUGCGAUAUAUUCAUGUGACCAGG